AAAUUAGUACAAGUUGGAACGCCGUCUGGCAAUAAACAAAACAAAUCUAUUUUCUCUAGUCUAGUGAGAGACUUGAAAUAAAAAUAUUAAUAAAAAAGAAAAUAACAAAAUUAAAAAAAGCAAUAAUAACAGAAUUUUUCUAAAAAAUCCUUAAUUUUUAAAAAUUAUUAUUAUCAAUAUGGAAAUUAAAAAAUUAAAUGGUUUUGAAUGUCCUUUGAAGAAAGCUCCUCGUGACCGUCUUGGUAUGUGGGGAAAUGGUGAUAGCGAUGUUCCUGGCAAUGUAUCCGGUCUACAAAGAUUGCAUCAUAAGAAAUACAAUAAGGGUCUCGCAUUUACUUUGGAAGAACGACAAUUGUUAGGCAUUCAAGGACUUUUACCGGCCGUUGUUAAAAGCGAAGAUGAACAAGUUCAACACUGUUUAAUACUGCUCGAUCGUUUGGAAAAUGAUCUGGAUAAAUACAUGUACUUGAAUACUUUGGCCGAACGUAAUGAACGUCUCUUCUAUAAGGUAUUAUCCUCAGAUGUGUCAAAAAUGAUGCCAUUGGUGUAUACACCCACUGUGGGUUUGGCUUGUCAAAAGUUCAGUUUGAUUUUUCAACAUCCCAAAGGUCUUUAUAUUACCAUCAAGGAUAAGGGUCAUGUUUAUGAUAUUUUAAAGAAUUGGCCAGAGACUGAUGUUCGUGCCAUUGUCGUAACAGAUGGUGAACGUAUUUUAGGUUUGGGUGAUUUGGGUGCCAAUGGCAUGGGUAUACCUGUGGGUAAAUUGUCUUUGUACACUGCUUUGGCCGGCAUUAAACCCAGUCAAUGUUUACCCAUUACUUUGGAUGUGGGCACCAAUACCGAAUCUAUUCUCAACGAUCCUCUAUAUAUUGGUAUACGUGAGAAACGUGUUACUGGUGAAAUCUAUGAUGAGUUUAUUGAAGAAUUUAUGACAGCCGCUGUGCGUCGUUUUGGCCAAAACUGUUUAAUACAAUUUGAAGAUUUUGCCAAUGCCAACGCAUUCCGCCUUUUGGGCAAAUACCGCAAUGACUACUGCACUUUCAACGAUGACAUACAAGGUACAGCUUCUGUGGCUGUUGCCGGUCUGCUGGCUUCUCUGAAAAUCAAGAACACAAAAUUAAUGGAGAACAAAAUUGUAUUCUUUGGCGCUGGAGAAGCUGCCUUAGGUAUUGCCAAUUUAUGUUUGAUGGCUUUAAUGAAGGAAGGUCUCAAUGAGGCUGAAGCAAAAAAACGUAUCUGGAUGAUUGAUAGUAAAGGACUUAUCGUACAAAAUCGUCCCUCGGGCGGCCUGACCGAACAUAAAUUACGUUUUGCUCAACCCCAUGAACCCAUCGACACAUUGGCCGAUGUUGUACGUAUUGUACGACCGACUGUUUUAAUUGGUGCCGCUGCCAUUGGUGGUGCCUUUACAGCUGAAAUUCUUGAAAUGAUGGCUGAAUUCAAUGAAAUGCCAAUUAUAUUUGCCCUUUCUAAUCCAACUAGUAAAGCUGAGUGUACCGCCGAACAGGCCUACAAUUAUACUAAGGGUAAAUGUAUUUUUGCUUCUGGCUCUCCCUUCAAUCCCGUUGAAUAUAAUGGCAAGAAAUACUAUCCCGGCCAAGGUAAUAAUUCCUAUAUUUUCCCCGGUGUUGCCUUGGGUGUUCUCUGUGCCGGUAUGUUAACCAUACCGGAAGAUGUGUUCCUGUUGUCAGCUGAACGCUUAGCAUACUUAUGUUCGGUCGAAGAUUUGUCCAAGGGUUCUCUAUAUCCACCAUUGAAUCGCAUUACCGAAUGUUCUAUAGAAAUUGCUGCUUAUAUUAUGGAAUAUGCUUAUGCGAAUGGUUUGGCAACCGUUCGUCCUGAACCCCACGACAAACAUGACUUCAUAAAAUCUCAAAUGUAUGAUUUGUCAUAUCCAUCAGCUGUACCCAAAGUCUAUGCCUGGAGCAAUAAAUUGUAAAGAUUUAAAAAAAAUUGUUAAACAAAUGAAUAUUUAAAAAUUGUUGACCAAUUCAUCAAACUAAAACGUUAAGCAGUAGUGUAUUGUAUGUCUAAAUUAUAAAUGUCGAAAUUAACAGAAAUGAAUAUAAAAAUCUUACACAUAAUUCUCAAAAGGCUUCACAAAUUUAAUAGCAAGCUUGUGUGUUCAAAUACUUUGAAAAUACAUAUAUAUAAACUUACUUUUUAUUGUGAUAUUUAUUAAUAUAUUAAUUAAUGAACGGGUUUAAAUAUUAAUCACACAAAAUUUUGUUUUAAAUUACACAGUGUGACCAAGUAUGGUUAUUCUGCUAGACCUACAUAUAAACUGCAAUAGGUUACGUGGAGAAAAUAUUAUUAUUAUUAUUUUUGUAAUUUUGUCACACUGUGUUAUUAAAAGACAAUUGUAAAAAAAUUUUACUUUUUGAUAAGAUGUAUUGCAGUUUUUCUUUAAAUAACUUUAUAUAUGUAUGCAUCUGUUCUCCAUUUGUGUAUAUAACAAUAAAACAUAUUAUUUUAUAAUAAAUGUGUAAAACAAUGAUAUGAAUAGUAUUUUAACCACAUAAAUAUAAAUAGUUUUUAUGAA